UAUGGUAAUAAUUGCGGUUUGUGCUACUCUGGUCAUACAAUGGGUUGUGUUACCUAUGUCACGGAGAUGGACUGAUCAACCUCACCAAGGAUGGCUUACGGAGAUGCUCUGUUGAUAAGGGGAUGUGGGAGGACAGAUUUUCCGGGUGGAAGUUCACAACUCUACAAGUCGGUGCAUUCACGAAUUUUUACAUUACCGAAAGAGACAUUGCUAUAUCCAGCUCAUGACUACAAAGGAUUCUCAGUAACCACUGUAGGAGAGCAGAUGCUAUAUAAUCCACGCUUGAUAAAGGAUGAGGAGACUUUCAAAAACAUCAUGGAAAAUCUUAACUUGGCAUAUCCUAAGAUGAUUGAUGUUGCAGUGCCAACAAAUAUGGUUUGUGGGUUCCAAGAUUUGGAACCUAAAGCCAACCGAGGCUUUUUUGGAUCAUCCAUAAGUGUGCAUGAUUUUAGUUGUAUUAUAAUUACGGAUCUUAAUAUCCUUGGAUAUGCUAAAUAA